UCUAUUCACGUCACAAUGUUAAAUGUGUAAAAAAUAAUUAAUAAAGAGUUUUUCUUGUGUGUUUGAAAGAACGAGUAAUAGUUUAGAUAAAAAUAGAAGUUUGGAAUCUUUAGUGUCUGAGAUAACUAAGUUUACAUUAUUGGGUGUCCAUAAACUCUUUAUAAAUGAAGACAGUUCUUAUAUUCAUUGUGUCCAUAAUAACUGUUAGGACGGAUACAGAAUGGAGAUUAGUGGGCGCUCCCCUUCUCCAUGUCCAUCCUUGUAAUGAUACCGAUGAUGUGAACGUGUCCUACGAGCCAGGGAAGCCUCCGGAAGAAGAGAAUGAGUAUAAAUUGCAGAUCAGUAAAGCGUUUCCAGCGCAAACGGUGAUGGUUUUGAAGUUUGAUGCAGAAGCUAGUAUUUCAUUGGCUGACAAAUCAUAUGCAAGGUUAUCGGUAGAUGAUAAUGAUGAUUUUAAUGUAAGAUUUUUCAAAUCGCAUGAAGGAAUAACAUUUAAUAUAAAAGGACCUCUGAAUAGUCACGUGGUGCCAUAUUUGACUUAUUUGGAAAUAAAUAGCGCGAAUUAUUGCCGGAAUGCAAAAGUGGGCUACCUCGACCAAUAUAUUGAGGGUUAUAAAGACCACGCGGAAACCAGAAAGAAGUUACAUGAUCAGUCCUGUGGCAGACGCAAAAUUAAAUACACGGAACUGAUUGUGAACGGAGCUAGCACGCAACCAGGGGACUGGCCCUGGCAUGUAGCUAUAUACAAACUGGAUAGAAGUAUUGUUAAGUAUAUAUGUGGGGGGACUUUGAUAUCGAAGAGGUUUGUUUUGACAGCUGCACACUGUACUACUGUUCGAGGUGCUCCAUUAUUACCCGAAAUAUUGAGUGUGGUUCUGGGUAAAUAUAAUUUGAUUGGAGGCGAUAUUGAUUCUGAUGAACGAGAGGUUCACUUGAUAAUAGUACAUGAAGACUUUAUGGCUAAAAAUCUUAAUAACGAUAUAGCUUUACUAAAACUGAAGACAGAAGUGAGUUACAAUGACUACAUUCAGCCAGCUUGUAUCUGGCAGGCUAGUGCUUAUGAUAGACUGCCAACUAAUAGGGUUUAUGGAACAGUCGUAGGCUGGGGCUUUGAUAGCACAGAUCAUCUAUCUACGCAAUUACGGAGCGCCACUAUGCCGAAAGUAUCAGAAAGUAUGUGCAUUAAGAGGAAUCCCGUUUUCUAUGCGACUGUACUGAAUGAGAAGAAAUUUUGUGCUGGAUUAAAUAAUGGCACCUCAGCGUGCAAUGGUGACAGCGGCGGUGGGUUCACAGUCUUCGUUCCCGAUGUACCAAAGGACACUUCAGAGAACGCCACCGGCGCGUGGUACGUCAGAGGUGUAGUGUCCCUCAGUGCCAAGCGCAGUGACGCGCCAGUGUGCGAUCCGUACCAGUAUGUCGUGUUCACAGAUGUCGCUAAAUACAAUGGUUGGAUAAGAAAACACGUGGACCAUCAAAUCUAAAAUAAACUCUAGAUGUAUGGAAUAAUUUUUAUGUUGUACACAUACCAUAGUAAGAGAGAGAGAGAUUAAGAUGCCCUAUAUCUGUAUUAAAGAUUAUAAUAGUG